AUGAGAGGAGAAGCGGAGGAUACCGGCGAAUCAGGCACAACUGGUGGGGAUCGGAUGGUGUUCUGCGCUGGCACUGGCUUUCCUUUAAAAAACAAAAUUGUUGGUUUUGAUGGCCGGUUCUUUUUGGGUGUUUUUCAUUGCAUUGACAAACAACACAGCAUCAUUCUCCAAGAUGCAGUAGAGUAUCGUAGCACAAGAUGCUUUUCACCAUCCCCAAUGGAGCAAAGAUGCCUUGGCCUCAUUCUCAUUCCAUCCUCAUGUAGGUCCUCUUGUCAUGUAGAUUGCUCCAUUGACAAACAAUUGUCUCUCUUAUCUCUCGAGAAUAGCAUAAAUAACACUUUUCGAUAA